AUGAAGGGCUUAACGAUAUUGUUCCUGUUAGUAACGCUAAGCGUGGUAGCCGUUCUUGGGGAAAACCGUAUUGAACAACAGAAUUCGGAUACAACCGUCCAGGCUCAGAACAACGAAGGAUCGAUUUUGGAAGGCGAAAAGAAGACUUCAAAAAGGCAUCUCUCGUUAGGUUACGGAGGCGGACUCGGGUUUUCGGGAGGUAUCUAUGGAAGUCACUCGGCUGGAUUAGUUGGGAAAAGUGUUGGUCUUAGCUACGGUGGAGGCUACGGAGGAUUGUAUGGACAUGGCCACGGAUAUGAUGGUGGAUACCAUGGUGCUGGUUUUGGUUACGGAUAUGGUGGCGGUUACGGCGGAGGAUACGGUGGUGGAUAUGGCGGAGGGUACGGUGGAGGAUAUGGCGGAGGGUACGGUGGAGCGUAUGGUGGAGGAUACGCCGGCCAUGGUGGAUUCCACAAUGGAUACCACGGAAGUUAUGGUUUUGCGAAGCCAUUUUACACCGCCACUAUUAAAGAACACAUUCCAGUGCCUGUGCCGAAACCGUACCCCGUGUUCAUCAAGAAGACCAUCCCUGUCCCCAUUACUAUACCCAAACCAGUUCCCUACCCUGUGUACGUGAAGAAGCCGGUACCGUUUCCUAUUGAUCGUCCCGUACCAGUGGCCGUUCCAUAUCCGGUAACAAAACAUGUACAGGUUCCAGUGCCACAUCCGUAUCCUGUGCCAGUGAAAGUGCCAACUCCUGUUGUAGUAACAAAACCUGUGGUCGUGACCAAGCCCGUGGUCAUCACACACAAACAAUACACUCCUGUUGUAAGCACUCCGAUCGUUAGUACCCCAAUAGUGUCCACUCCAGUGAUCGCAGCACAUACCCCAAUCCUGGCUACCACUGGACAUAUAACCGUUUCUAAUCAUGGUGUGCAUCAGUCCCAUGGGUCACAUCUACAUGCCAGUAGUGCCUAUGGGUAUUCCAGUGGAGGUCACUACGGAGGAAGUUCCCUAGGGCAUUAUGGAGCUUCUGGUUAUUAUGGUUCAGAAGGACAUUUUGCAGCAGGUGGACAUUACGGUGCUGGUGCCCACUUUGCAGCGGGUUCUGUGGGUGGAACAAUUUGCGAUCACUGAAUAGCAGUUGAUCUUAUUCUUGUCUGAUGCUCAACACUAGUACAACUUAAGUGUAUAAAUGGAAAUAGAUAAUAAGUUGACUAGGAAGAUAGUAACUGUGAAAUUUUCUAGUGUAAUAAAUGUUAAUGUAAACUAAUUA